AUGGCAGAAGUUAAAAAGAGAGCAGCGUCGAGGGCAAAGAAAGCCGGCCCCAGCGUCGGCGAGCUCAUCGUCAAAGCGGUUUCCUCGUCCAAGGAGAGGAGCGGUGUGUCGCUCGCCGCCCUGAAGAGAGCCUUGGCCGCCGGCGGAUACGAUGUGGAGAACAACUCCCGCUUCAAGCUCGCUGUCAAGGGUCUCGUGCUGAAGGGAACUCUUCUACAGAGCAAAGGGACCGGCGCGUCUGGCUCUUUCAAGCUAAACAAGAAGCAGACCGAAGCCAAGAAGACCGCAACUAAGGCGAAGAAGCCCGUCGCUGUUAAGGCAAAGAAGCCCAAGAAGGUGGCGGCCAAGAAACCUGUUGCCGCCGCCAAGAAGUCCCCGAAGAAGGCAAAGAAGCCCGCAGCGGCUGGUAAAAAAGCCACUAAGAGCCCGAAGAAAGCAAAAAAGCCGACGACUCCUAAAAAGGCAGCCAAGAGCCGUGAGUUUCAAAACAGCGACAGACACAGGUAUAGAGAUGCUUAUGAUUACAUGGUAGGCUGA